GGCCGGGCGGUGGAUGCGGAGGGGCGCACAGAGACCCGGCCCCGCCCGAGGCCGUUCGCACCGCGGCCCCGCCCCCGGCUCCGCCCCGCCGGCUUCGCGGGCUGGAGAGCGAGGGAGCCGCGGGCGAGGGAUCGCAGGAUGAGCGAUCGCGGCCCGGGCAGCCGGCAGCGGACGCGCCCCCCGAGCCCACCGGCCCGCGCCCCACGGCCCCGCGGCCCCGGUCCCGGCCGCGCAGCCCGCGUCCCCGGAGGCCUGCGGGCCAUGCCCGGCCGGCCCUAAACGCGGACCGGGGGGCGUCCCCUUGCGCCCGGGCCCCGCGCUGGCGCCCCCCGGGCCGCCGCCCGGCGCGGGGGCCAUGGCGUUCACCUUCGCCGCGUUCUGCUACAUGCUCACCCUGGUGCUGUGCGCCUCCCUCAUCUUCUUUGUCAUCUGGCACAUCAUAGCCUUUGACGAGCUGCGGACCGACUUCAAGAACCCCAUCGAUCAGGGGAACCCAGCGCGGGCACGCGAGCGUUUAAAAAACAUCGAACGCAUCUGCUGCCUCCUGAGGAAGCUGGUGGUCCCAGAAUACUCCAUCCACGGCCUCUUCUGUCUGAUGUUUCUGUGUGCAGCAGAGUGGGUGACCCUGGGCCUCAACAUCCCCCUCCUCUUCUACCACCUCUGGAGGUACUUCCAUCGCCCGGCGGAUGGCUCUGAGGUCAUGUAUGAUGCGGUCUCCAUCAUGAAUGCUGACAUCCUCAACUACUGCCAGAAGGAGUCCUGGUGCAAACUCGCCUUCUACCUGCUCUCCUUCUUCUAUUACCUGUACAGACCGAAAGACACACACACACACAUACCCAUUACACAUAUUGAAAACUCCAGAAGAUGUGAAGUCCCAGAGAGUGGGUGGUAUAGUCGGGACAGGAUCCUGCACCAGGCCUGGCCCGUCAGCUCUCCCGUGGUCCAACCGAUUUGGGGGUGGAGGUGUGCUGAUCCACCUCCUGAAGUUGCAUUUGAAACUCCUGAGUCAUUGCUGGCCCUGCAAUCCAUCUGAAAGUGAGACAUGCUCCCCCCACCCCCGCAAGCCUCACUCCUGAGGCCCGGUGUGUUCCUUUCUCUCUGCCCAGUUUGUGACCACUCUCACCCUCUUCAGAGGUAGAAGGGGCCUCCUCUCUGACACCUUUAGUCACCACGUUCUAGAGAGCAAAAUCAGGUCCUCUGCAACCUGCUUCUAGCUACCCAGUGUCCAGUUACACCAGGUGACUUUCCUACUUUCUAAACACAGCGCACGUGAUCUAAUCGUGCCUUUGCUCAGAAGUCCCCUCCACCUGGGAUGCCCUUCCCCCUCAUAUCCAUUUGUCCAAAGCCUAGUUAUUCUUUAAGAAUCAGUUUAACUUGUGCCUCUCAGACAAAGGGAACAGAGGACUGACCUGGCUGGGGAUUGAGGCCAGAAGCUGGGUUCCAGGCUCCUUCUGGGUACACCAGUUUGCCCUGGUUAUGAAUUCUAUUAGGACCGGGCCAGUGUCAUUCUCCACUCCUACCCUUGUCUUCACAGUGCCAAACACAAUACUUGGAUGUAGAAGAUACCCAAUAAACAUCUGUGUCCAAUAAAUAAAUAAUAAACGGAUGAA